AUGGCCAAAAAGGGGAAAACUUCAAAGUCGACACCAGAGCCAACCCAAACCCUGUCGUCAACAAAUACAAAGUCGAAAAAAAAGAAAGACUUGACACCAACACCUUCAAAUACCACAUCAUCAACAACACCAAAACCUCAAAGAGGAUUGGCAAUUGGAGAAAAUUUUGGAUGGACAGGUAAACUCCCUGUUACUUUGCUUAAUGAGCAUUGUCAGAAACAAAAAUGGGGGAAAUGCCAAUACGAUAUGAGCAAGAAAGCCAACGGAUUUGUUGGUAUAGUUACCUUAACUUGGGAAAACCCUAAAACGAAAGAAUUGAUACCAAUCAAGUUUUACCCUAACUAUAGUCCAAAGGAAACUACCAAUGAAGCCAGACAUAUGGUUGCCACUUUUGCGUUGCAUAGGAUUAAUUAUAUAAAAAAUAUGAAAAUGUUGUUACCGAUUAUUUUCCGUGAUUAUUGGAGUGAACUAGAAGAUGAAAGGUUAAAAUUAUUAAAAGAAAACAAAGAAUUACAUGACAAGAGAUAUAACACCAAUCCAUUUACAGUUUACUUACAACAAAAGGAGAACGAAGAAAAGAAGGCAAAGGAAAGACAAAUCAAAGAACAGAAUGAGUUAAAGACAAAGAAGCCUACAAUUAGUCUUGGUACCAAGUCUUGUAUUAACACCACUACGUCUGCCACCACCACUAAAGCAUUGAAGAUAGAAUCAGACACUAGAAAAUUUCCAAGGAAGCUGUGGGAACAUGCUCCAUUUAUAGACAUCCCAUCUGACAUAAGAACAUCCAUUGAACACUCAAUUCGAAACCAUAUCGAUUGGGUUAAUACUGAUCAUGAUUUGUUAAUCAACAACCCAUCGAUUGCAAAGACUGCAAGUGAAAAGUUGUUAUCACUUGGAUUCAGAGAAUCUCACAUUAAAGAAUCCUUUAAUUACUGUUCGAGGUUUUCUGAAUCUUUGGAGUGGUUGUUGUUUCACAUACCAGAAGAUGAUCUUCCUCAACCUUUUGUGAAAACCAACAAAGACUCAAAAGUGCAAUUAAAAAUUUCACAAAAUCUAGAAAUGGAAUAUUCAAUGAAGAGAAUGGCAAAUUCUGGAUUUGAUCAGGAUGAAAUACUUGAAGUUUACAAUGCAAACAAUAACGAUGUACAUAAAACAUGUGUUGAACUCACCAAAAUUCUAUUCCCACAGCCACUCGAAUUUGUUGCUGAACCUGACAGUCAAGAAAUUUGGAAUCAAGAAAUUGAGGGACUUGAAAUGACUGGGAUAUCUGUAAAACAUGAAAAGAAUGUGGCGACAAUCAAAUUGGAACAUAGUUUUUUAGAUGUCAAAAUAUUCAAGAGUGAAAAUUAUCCUAACGAAUUUCCUGGUGUUCACAUAGUUGUAUCAAAAAAUGGAUACACAUUAGCAAAUUAUAUCAAGUUGUCUAUAGUUAGAGAGCUAUUGAAAUAUUUGCAAGAUCAUAUUGGCGAAUGCAUGAUAUAUACCAUCUUCGAGUGGCUCAAUGAUCAUGUAAAUAGUAUAAUUGAAAAUCCAGGUCCAUUGAUGACUACAGAGAAAGUUACUAAAAAAGCUGCUAUUAGUCAAACAGGAAGCAAGAAGGAUUUGAAUAAAACUGUCACAUUUGUUAGUGACAAAGACAUUGAGUUGGUAAAAGAGUCAUAUAAGAAAAGAAAACAUUCUGAAGAAUUCACGGAAAUGUUAACUCAAAGAAGUAAGCUACCAGCAUUUGCCAAGCAGAAAAGUUUAAUGACAGCUAUCAAUUCUGGUCAAGUAACUUUAAUCACUGGGGAAACCGGGUCAGGUAAAUCUACACAAGUUGUCCAAUUCAUUAUGGAUGAUUUGUAUUCAAAGGGUGACUUUACAACCAAAAUAAUCUGCACCCAGCCGCGUCGUCUUUCCGCCGUAAGUUUAGCAGACAGAAUUUCCAAAGAAAGAGUUGAUGAAGUUGGAAGUGAAACUGGGUAUAUCAUUAGAGGAGAAAAUAAAACUAGCAAAAAUACCAGAAUUACAUUUGUAACAACCGGGGUGUUAUUAAGGAUGCUUCAAUCUUCCAAAAAAAAUGGAGUUUUAAAAAGCAUUGGCUAUAUAUUGAUCGAUGAGGUGCACGAAAGAUCUGUAGAUGCCGAUUUCUUGUUGAUUUUAUUGAAAGAGAUAAUCAAGAAUAUGCCAAAAUUAAAGAUUAUUUUAUUGUCAGCAACAAUUAGUGUCGAUACAUUCAUCAACUUUUUUGAAAAACCAUUGACUCCGUUACAUAUUGAAGGUCGAACAUAUCCUAUACAAGAUUUUUAUUUAGAUUCCAUUUUGGCGGAAUCAGAAUACAAAUUUCAAAAUUCCGAUGGCGAAUUUAUCACUCCGCUGGCAGAUUCCCAUUUUUACAAAUCUGGGAAUUUGAACUAUGAACUAAUUGCUCAUGUUACUCGUUUUAUCGAUCAAAAAUUAACACAGGAAGCAAAGCAAGAUGGCUCAAUUUUGAUAUUUUUACCAGGGGUUCUCGAAAUUUCUAACACUAUUAAAGAAAUCAACAAGUUGAACGAUAACAAGUUUAUGACACUACCACUUCAUUCAGGGUUAACAUCAGCGGAACAGAAAUCUAUAUUCAAAACGCCUCCAAGGGGCAAAAGAAAAGUUGUAGUGUCUACAAACAUUGCUGAAACUUCAAUUACUAUCCCAAAUUGUGUUGCAGUUAUCGAUACUGGUAAAUCGAAAAACCUUUUCUUCGAUCACAAAUUAAAUACUACGAAAUUGAUAGAAAGUUGGUGUUCACAAGCUGAAGUCCGUCAAAGACGAGGUAGAGCCGGGAGAGUGACCGCAGGUACUUGUUACCAUUUGUAUACAAAGGAAACAUUUGAAGCAAUGCAAAAACAACCAAUUCCCGAGAUAAAGAGAACGAGACUCGAGAAUCUUUAUUUGGUAGUAAAAUCAAUGGGUAUUUCUAACGUCAAUGAGUUUUUGUCAAGUGGAUUAGAUGCUCCUGAUAGAUCAUCUCUAGAUAAGGCAAAUCAAUUCUUACAUGAAAUCGGAGCUUUACAAGAAAAUAGUCUUACAAAAUUGGGUAAUUAUAUAUCCUUCUUACCUACAGAUCCCCAAAGUGCCAAGUUAUUGAUUUUGGGGUGUAUAUUUGGGUGCUUAGAUAUAUGUUUGACCCUAGCAGCUAUUAGUUCUACAGGGAGCCCCUUUAUCAACAAUUACGAACAAAGAGAUAGGUUGAAACAGAUUCAGAAGAAAUUUGGAAAUGGUCAGGGCGACUUUAUUAGUAUGGCAAAUGCAUACAAUGCCUAUAUGAAUAACAAGUCCAAGAGGUUCUUGUCAGAGAAUUAUUUAUCUUACACAACUAUUAAAGACAUUACGUCAACGAGAUCACAGUACUUAUCUUUGUUAGUGGAGCUCGGGUUUGUUAACAGAAAAUUAGACGAUUCUUGCAACAAGAAUGCCGAGAACUGGCCCUUGAUUCGAGGCAUAAUUGCCGGAGCAUUUUAUCCGCAAGUGGCAAGGAUUCAAUACCCUGAUCCCAAAUAUUUCAAGUCCAGUUCUGGGUCCAUUGAAAUUGAUCCUGAUGCUCGUCAAAUCAAAUUCUGGAUCAAAAGCCAUGGGGAGUUACCAGCCACGCGAGUAUUUAUUCACCCCCUGUCGGUUCUUUUCAAUGAUAAUAAUUCGGAUUUUACUUUGGAUGAAAACUAUAAGGACUUUCUUUCCAAAGUUUCGACCGAGGAUGGAUUUAUAGAUUAUGAGAAAGCAAAAGAACAGUAUAUGCAAUUAACAGCUCAAACAACAAAGUCAAGUGUUCCUAUGUUGUUAAAAGAUGCAUUUGUUGCAUACCGGUCUUCACAUCACACAACAAAACUCUAUGUGAGAGAUUUAACACCGACUAGUACUUUUGCUACAUUACUCUUUGGUGGCGAUUUUAGUUAUGAUUUGAAUAUUGCCUUCGGUCAAACCUUACCUGGUAUUGUCAUCGAUAAUUGGUUACCAAUUAGAACUUGGUGUAAGAAUGGAGUUCUAAUCAAGCAUUUGAGAAGACUCAUAGAUUCAAUGAUUGAUGAAAAAUUAUCAAACCCGAAAUCCUCUUUGGAUGAGGAUAUCUUCAAGGUUAUAGAACGAAUUAUAAAUUUAUAG